AUCUUAGAGGGGGGGGGGCUAGGGGGACACGUCCCCCAGUUCUCAGUAGAAUCGAUUUUGUAUUUCGUCUAAAUUCGAUGAGAAAAUGUUGGGGGAGGGGUAAUAUUUUGACACCAUACUUUUUGCGAUGUAAUCCUAUGAUUUUCAAUCUGCCAAAAAUUGUCAUAGACGUUCCUUUUGGAUAAACUGGCGUUCCCUGUUGGUAAAAGGGCGUUUUAUGGUGGUUAAAAGGGCGUGGCUUAAUUUUGUUUGGUUUGUCCCCCCAGAGCCAGUUAUGGAUUUCGAAUGCUGAUUUUGUGAUGUUGUAACUUGAGGUACUUCUGGACAAGAAGAUGUUGUUGUGGCCUAAGUAAGAGUGGAUGAGAGCUUAUCAAGUCCUAAGCUAGUAGCACUCUGAAUGAAUUCAUGGCCCCUGGAAUGAGAGGGAACGGCACGCAGCAUCAUAAAAACAAAGUUGUUGUAUCAUUUACGAUUAGAGAUGAACAUGAAAACAAAAACCGGCUAGGCGUCAACUGUCUACAAUACGAUCAUAGGCCAAGGUUUAAACGUCUGUACUCUGCAGGGCGUGAUUCAAUUAUAAGAUGCUGGCGAACAGAUUCUGAGGAACCAUUCUGUCUCUCAUUUGAACACCACACAGAUUGGGUCAACAGUCUCAUAUUGUGUAGAAAUGGAAAAACAUUGCUAUCAGCAUCUUCAGAUACAACUGUAAAAGUAUGGGAUGCUUUUGGAGGGUAUUGCAUGUCGACUUUGCGCACCCACAAAGACUAUGUCAAAGCGCUAGCUUAUGCACAGGAUAAGGAAAUGGUAGCUUCGGGUGGAUUUGACAAGCAGAUAUUUCUAUGGGAUGUUAAUGUUCUCACUGCUCUUACUGCUACCAAUAAUACUGUUAUAACUUCAUCUCUUGGAGGUCAGAAAGAUUCUAUUUACAGUCUGGCACUCAACUCUGCUGGAACAGUGCUUGUUUCGGGCUCUACAGAGAAGAUUUUAAGAGUCUGGGAUCCAAGAUCGUGUUCUAAGGAGAUGAAAUUGAAGGGACACGCAGACAAUGUCAAAGCCGUACUUCUGAAUAGCGAUGGGACUGAGUGUCUUUCAGGAAGCUCUGACGGCACCAUCAAGUUAUGGUCUCUGGGCCAGCAACGAUGUGUAGCUACGUACAAGAUUCAUGAUGAAGGAGUCUGGACCCUUGCAUCUGAUGAGCAUUUAUCAUUCUUCUAUUCAAGUGGCAAAGACAGAAAGGUUUUCUUCACAGAUUUGACUACAGAAUAUGAAAAAACGUAUUUUUUGUUUCAAGAAAAGGCGCCUGUUUUAUCUAUUCAACCUGCAUAUGACCCAAAGUGUCUGUGGGUAUCAACUACCGAAUCAGAUCUAAACUGUUGGCCUAUUGAGAUACCAGCAGAUUCUCCUGAAAACGAAGAACUGGAGGACAACACACCACUCAUUGAUACACCGUUGAAAAAAAUUCCAGGUAGUUCUGGUAUAAAGCGAAUUCAUAUACUGAACAACAAGAGGCACGUGCUGACAAAGGAUUCAUGUGGCGACGUUAGCCUUUGGGACAUAUUAAAGGCCAAAAGGAUAGAGUCACUUGGACAUGCCAACUUUGAGGAAGAAAUAGAGAAAAGGAAAGAACCUAUUUAUGUUCCCAACUGGUUCUCUGUAGAUGCAAAGACCGGGAUGCUGAAUGUGACUUUGGAUGAAAGCGACUGUUUCUCUUCAUGGAUGGUUCUUGAUGAUGUGCCAGACUUGAGGCUCCAAGAUCGGAGUCGAGGAGAUUCUGGUGACCUUAGAUUUGUCAAUUAUGGCCUACUGCUCCUUCAAGCAUUGUUGGAACAUUGGCCAGAAACUCAACCGGCCACUGCUGAAAUGGACGCUAUAGCAGACAGAAGUAGUCAAGAAUCCCCCGUCACUGGCUCUGACAUCCGGGUUCAAGUAGAAAAUAAGCCAUCGCCAUCAAAUGGUUUUUUCUCCGUUUCUCCUCACACUCCUCUGGUAUUUGCGGAAGGAGGUGGCUGCGGAAGGACAUCUUUCCGGUUGUUGGUUGGCGAUGCUGCAGGUGAAAAUGAAUGCACUAUACUGCAUGAGACUGUUCCUCACUGGGUCUUCGAAGCUACUGUCAAGCAAGCAUCUCCCAAGUUCAACAAGAUUGCCUUUUAUCUGGUUCCAUACUCGUCAAAUGGAUCAAAGAACAGCAACAAGCGUGAUCGGCUUUCUGCGAGUGAUAUGAUUCAUAUUCGAAAAGUUAUGGAACAUGUUUAUGAGAAAAUCGUUUUGGCAGAAAACACCCCAUCGGGAACAACAGCAACAGCACAAAAUGCUGAAAAACAGAGUCAGACGCAACUGAAUCCUGAAGAGCUAGCUGCCCUCGCAGAGGCUAAAGUUGAACUGUACUGCAAUGACACGGUGCUGGACCCAAAAAUGGAUCUACGGACCGUACAAAAUUUGAUUUGGAAAAGCAAGACUGAUCUUAUACUUCAGUACAAGCUUUCAAAAGAUAAAUGAAGAUCAUGGCAUACUUUGUCUUCAAGAAGAGGUCAUUACAUCCUUGUUUUGUCCAGACAAUUGACGAGGGAGAAGUUGCAACAAUUUGGGAAGCCAUGAGCGACUGAGUUCUCCUUCAGUCCUUAAAGCAAAUCACCUAUUUUGCAAGAUGUCCAGAUGAGUGGUUGUUGGUCAACAGCAACAUUAAUUUCAACGAGCGCCUCCUUUACUCUAUGCUAUGUAAUUUCCCCUUGUGUAGCCUUGGAGGCACAUUUCUCUGUGUCAAAUUUUUCAGCAAUUGUUUUAGGAGUUUGAAGCUUGUCGUAAAAAUGCUUUGUUAAUUUUUGUAUAAAUAUUUCGGGCUGGUUACUUUGGUUGUAAAGUGGUGGUAAUUUGUCCUUACUUUGAAACAUUUUGGGUAUAAUUGAGGGUUUUAAUGUGAAACAUAAAGCCCAUUAUUCUGUUAUAUGUCUAAUUAGGAGAUAGGUUCUUCUUUGUAUUCUGAAAACUUCUGAAAAUUGCACACUCGUGCAACCAUACGUACCCCCCCCCCCCCAGUAUAAAUGAAAUCUUUACUAUUUUAGUCCUCUAACUCUAUGAGAAGUACAAUAUAUUUAUAUUGAAAUUCAUAAUUCUGUUUUCAAAGAGACAAAUUAUUGAGAUACACGAGGGAAGUGAAUUAGAAUAAAAUGUUUUUCAUAGAUUUCAUUAGAGAUCUAUAGCACCUGUAAACUGAAACUUAAGUUUCAUUGUCAGUUUAACACUUUGAUUUAUGUAGUUGGGUUGUGGUAAAUUACUUGUAAAUAGUUGUAUUUAAUGAACUCAAAAUUGAAUCCUUGCA